AUGUCCAGCGCUCAGGCGCAGCCCGCGCCGCGCGCCCACGGCACUCCCCAGAACCCGUACUCGUCCGCCAGCCGUUGGCGUCAUCAGGAAUCCUCUUCCUUCUCCCGUCACGCCGUAUCGCAUCCGCAUCCAGAUGCCGCUGCCGCGCAGGCGCACAUUGACGGGGCAGCUCCCCAGGGCCUCAAUGGCGACGGUCCCAUUGCCGAAGGAGAUACCAGCGAAGUCGUCUGUGGUCCUCUACUCAACUACUGCCACAUGCACGAUGGACAUUGGGGCGGCAGCGUCCUCAUUGUCCUCAACGGCGGUGGCAAGGAGCAGGGCCCUGUCCCGGCUAUGAGCCUGCAGCGCGUUGGCGCCCGCGGUGAAGCUGUCGAGGAAGCUGCUGGCGGCUCGGCUUCGCAGAUCCCGGGUGUUCGUCUCUACUCUGACCCUCGCAACACUUUCUGGCGCUUCGAUGUCGCCGUGCCAAUGGAGCCUGUCGAAGCCCAAUACGCCUACGAGUUCCCCGGUCUGCGAUUCUCCAACCCUGAAAAGCCCCAGGUCAACCACUUCUUUGUCCCCGCCGCCGGCGAAUCCAUGCGCCUCAUGUUUCACUCGUGCAACGGCUUCAGUGUCGGUACUGACGAGGAAGCCUACAGCGGCACGCCUCUUUGGAAGGACGUUUUGCGCAAACACGAGGCGGCGCCAUUCCACGCCAUGCUCGGCGGUGGCGACCAAAUCUAUAAUGACGGCAUUCGAGUCAGUGGUCCGCUGCGCCCGUGGACGGAUAUCGGGAAUCCCAAGAAGAGACGCGAGUUUCCGUUUUCCGAAAAGCUACGAGCCGAAUGCGACGACUACUACCUCAAGAACUACCUCCGCUGGUACAAUACCGCGCCGUUUGCCAUCGCCAAUGGGCAAAUUCCCCAGGUCAAUAUCUGGGACGAUCACGACAUUAUCGACGGUUUCGGAUCAUAUGUUAACGACUUCAUGAGCUGCGACGUGUUCCGCGGCAUCGGCGGCACAGCGCACAAGUACUAUAUGCUCUUCCAGCACCACCUUGCGCCGCCCGUCUCGACGUAUACAUCUGACUUUCGUGGCGAGGGCGCUGAUCCAGCGCAGCUUGUCGACACUUUUGUCGCUGAGCAGAACCCCGGUUCGCAGUACAUUAUCGGAUCCAAGCCAGGCCCGUAUGUUGCUGAGCGCUCGUUCAACAUGUAUGCGCGCCUAGGCGCUCGCAUGGCCAUGCUUGGAAUAGAUGCGCGAACGGAACGCACGCGUCACCAGGUCAAUUACCCCGAGACAUACAAGCUCUUGUACCAGCGUCUAGGGGAUGAGCUGCAGGCCGCUGCCAACUCGGAGCAGCCCAUUGAGCAUCUCAUUCUGUUGCUGGGUAUUCCCAUCGCAUAUCCGCGUCUCACCUGGUUGGAGAACAUUCUGCGAAGUCCCAUCAUCGGACCCAUCAAGUUCAUGAGUCGCCGUUUCGGAAUUGGAGGUGGCCUGUUCAACCACUUUGAUGGCAGUGUUGAUCUUCUCGACGAUCUCGACGACCACUACACAGCCAAGACGCACAAGGUCGAGCGUCGCGAACUUAUCGAGGGCAUGCAGAAGAUUGCGGCAGAAUACAACGUUCGCGUCACGAUUCUCGGCGGCGAUGUGCAUCUGGCGGCGCUCGGCCGUUUCUACUCGAACCCCAAGCUCAAGAUUCCGGCGGAAGAAGACAACCGAUACAUGGCCAACAUUGUGUCCUCGGCCAUUGUGAACAAACCCCCACCUCAAGCCGUCGCCAAUCUGCUUGCGCGCCGCAACAAGAUUCAUCAUCUGAAUGCGCAGACAGACGAGACCAUGCUGGACUUCUUUGACCGUGAUCCAGGCAGCACGCCCAAGACGGCCAGUCACAACAAGUGCACCAUGCCCAGCCGUAACUUUGCCAUGAUUGCCGAAAAUUCUCCCAACAAUCAGGCGUCGAUGACCAAUGGCGAGACGGAGACAAGAAGCUUUGCCGGCAAGGAUGGCCACUCGCAGCUGCACAAGGGCGAAGUCGGCGCCGGGACGGAGCACAAGGCGGCCAGCGAUGCAUUUGGCCAGGGCAACGAUGGCAGCCUGGACAUUCGCAUCAAUGUCGAAAAGGACCAGCACAACGCCGAGGGUCCCACGCAGGCAUACGGUCUGACAGUGCCGCUGCUGCGCAAAAAGACGGCAGGGUUUGAGCCGUAA